GCAGCUGCCGCGCGCGUCACCCACUUGCCGCAUCCGCUAGAUCUCUCUGGACCAGCCUGGGUGCAGGGCCUCUGCGGGAGCCGGCGAGACCUCUGCGGCGUCUCUUCUAACAUGGCUGACUCGGAAAACCAGGGGCCUGCGGAGCCGAGCCAGGCGGCGGCGGCGGCGGCGGCAGCGGCAGCAGCGGAGCCAGCGGAGGAGGUAAUGGCGGCAGGCGGUGCGCAGGGUGGCGACUCCGACGGCGCGGCUGGCGACUCUGACGGCGCCGCCGGUCAGAUGGCCGAGGAGCCCGAGACCCCUGCAGAGAAUGCAGCAAAGCCGAGAAAUGACUUUAUCGAGAGCCUGCCUAAUUCGGUGAAAUGCCGAGUCCUGGCCCUCAAAAAGCUGCAGAAGCGAUGCGAUAAGAUAGAAGCCAAAUUUGAUAAGGAAUUCCAGGCUCUGGAGAAGAAGUAUAACGACAUCUACAAGCCCCUACUCGCCAAGAUUCAAGAGCUCACCGGCGAGAUGGAGGAAUGUGCAUGGACCUUAGAGGCAGAUGAUGAUGAGGAGGAGUACGAGGAGGAGGAGGAGGAGGAAGCCGAAGAGGAGGGGGCGGCCGCGGCGGCGGCCGCGGAGGCGAAAGAUGACGGUGCCCGCGCCGAGAUGCCUGAUGACGCCAAGAAGUAAGAGGGGGUUAGAGAUUGACGAGGAGAAAGCCGAUGAAGAAAACAAUCUGAUUUUUUUUUUUUUUGAGUGUUGGUGGGCUUAAAAAGCCUCAGGUUUUUUGACCAAAAUACAAUGUGAAUUUAUUCUGACAUUCCUAAAGUAGAUUAAAUUGAAGCAAUUAGAUCCCGACCAGCCCAUUUCAAAUUUGACUUUCAUUUUGAACUUAAUAAAUAUAUCAAAACGUAUUGAAGAAAACCAAAUUAAACGUCAAAUUAUUUUUUCAUAAUCUCUUCUGGGAGGACUGGAACAGAGGCUAGUACAGGGCUGUCAACAGAUGUGAAGUAAAGAACGUCACUUUGAGCCCCAUUCAUCACGCAGCCAUUACACUACACAGGAACGCCCCGGCGAAGACCGAACGCUUUCCCAACGCGUCAUUCUUCGGUUUCUUCAGAACUGACAUUUCCCAGUGCAGAGGGAGCACAGCGCAAGAAAGACGUCAUCUGUAAGACUUUGCUUUUGUAACCCAGACAUCUUACACUUCAGAGGGGAGUGAUGACAUCGAGGAAGACUGUGAUGGAGAUUGUGACACUCAUUGUUAAUGAGGCCAGGAAACUGCCAUUUCUAGUUCUGAAAAAUGUUCUGAAUGUUUGAGUUUAGAGAAACAGUGUGGUUCCAAGGAGAGUGUAAAAUCUGUAUAAUAUCGUCAACUUAUGUAUUCAUUAGUUAUAAUCUCAUGUUUAUGUGUUUUCUUGGUAACAUCUAUUUACAAAGUGUAAAAAAUACCCAAAAUGUUUAAGUAUUAAAUCACUUUACCUAGCAUUUUAGAAGUAUUAAUUUACUUGAAGAGAUGUAGAAUGUAGCAAAUUCCGUAAAGCAUGUGUAGUCAAUGUUACGCAGUUUGAUCCUUGUGAAGUCUUUAUGUCAUGUAGCUUUUAGGAUGUAGCUGUGAAAAUCAUCAGAACUCUUCACUGAAGCUAAUAUGUUUGGAAAAAAUAUAUACUUGAAGAACCAAUCCAAGUGUGUGCCCCUACCCCCAGCUCAGAAGUAGAAAGGGUUUUUACGUUUGCUUGUAUUAGCUGUGCCUUCAUUAUUUUGCUAUGUAAAUGUGACAUAUUAAAUAUAAAAUGGUGCAUAAUUAAUUUUUACUGCUUGAGGACAGACUGGCAUACAGUAAGGAUUUCUAGGAAGAACAUACUUAAUGUAAAGACUUUUAGCUUCUUUGUGGGUUUUGAAUUAUAUGUGAGCCAGUGAUCUAUAAAGAACAUAAGCAUAAAGUUGUUUACCACUGUGGUGUUAAUAAAACAGUAUUUUCAAAAA